GCGAGCAAGCCGCGGAGCGAUGGGGCGGGGUCGGGGGGAAAGGGGCGGGGCGGAGAGAACACAAAUUAAAAUUUAGAAAUCAGUCAAAGGCAGCAAGGAAGCCCCGCGGCCCCGUGGAAGCCCGGAGGUGCGGGGCGCCCGGAUCCCGGCCCCCGGCCCGCCCGGCGAUCCGCGGGCAGCGCCCUCGCCGCCUGCUCGGGUGGAGGCUGCGGGCUGCAGCUCGGAGCCGCGGCAGGCGGGGAGGGAAGGCGGGAGCGCACAGGAGGAGGGGAGGAGUGUGUGCGAGGGGCGGAGGUGGGGGAGAGAGCUGUGUCUAUUUCUGGCUCGCGAGGGGAGGUAUCUGCGAGCCCAGCUUCGGUGGCGGGUGGUGGGGGUAGGAGGAGAGAAAGGGUCCCACCCGUUUUUUUCGUUUUUUUCUUUUUUUUUCUCCAAGCUGUCCAGCAGAUGGGGCAAGCUCUCAGAGGACACGGGCGGCCCCCUGCCGAGUCCAGGAGAAAGGCUCCGCUGAGCAGACCUGGGGUGCAGGCCCAGGGAGCCGGCCAGCACUGAGGGAGGCAGCAGUUGGUCCGGGCCCGCCCCUCUGCACACCUGCCCACAGCCUCUCAAGUCAGGGCCAGGUUUGCUGAGUAGACGGCUUCCAGGAGAGGUGAGGACAAUGUGGAGGGGAAUUCUGCAAGAGCAAAGCCCGCUCCAGGAUGGACACACAUGAACGCACACCCAUGCAGGCAUGGGAGACUGCAGAGCCCUAAGCACUCUACCAGAAGUAGCUAACCUACGGGGUCUGAGCCUCAGGGGUCACACAUUCUCCCUCCCAGCACCAACCACUACAAUGCACCUGCUGCGAGAGGGCUUGUGUCUGGGCGCAGGAGCUCUCAGAGGCCAGAACUGUGUCUCUCAACACCCUGCCUGGAGCAGGUGCUGCACCCACAUUGGUUAAACGGGUUCAGAGGCCUGAGCGCUGUACACUGGGUCUGUGCCCCGGCCCCGCCUAAGCUCUCCCAGGACUCUGCCUCCCAUGAUCCUUUGCGGGAUCCAGGUACUGCAAAACCUGCCAGGACAGGGGUCCCAGAGAAUGUGUGGCUCCCACAGUACUGAGGACAGAGAUCCCGACUGGAGAGCUGGUGCUAAGACGUGUGGACCCCCGCUUGGGCCUUGGAGAUUCUGCCUUCAAGGAACUCAGUGUGUGGCAGGGAAUACCAGACAGAAAAUGCAAGUCACCCGGUACCUGUGCAAAGCAAGGUCACAAGCAAGGACACAGUCGUCACAGGUGAGUGUGUCCUAAUGCCAGGAAUGUCGAGGCACUGCCUCAGAGGAGUGGAGGAGAGGAGCUGAGUGCAAGGACCCACCGGGAAGCCCCGGGGCAGACUGGCCUGGGAGGGCCUGUGGUUCCUGGUAGGAAACCGAGCGACGUGGAACUGGCUCACGGAAUGCCUGUACUCCUGUGCCUGAACUGGCCAGGACACAGAGAGCACCCGACACAGGAGGCCUCUCAUGGGACUUUCUCUCUGGGCACCCAGGAGGGACCCAGACACGCGUCACAGCGCACGCGAGGGCUGCAGCCCUGGCCUGGGUGCCAAAUCUGCUUCAGUAUGACCGCACGCUUCUUCCCCAUCCCACUGGUGAUGAAGGCGCAAACCAUCACUCCUAAGGUCCUCAUCCUUACCCACCGGUCACUCUCUGCUUUACACAAGACCCCCCCCCCCCCCCAAUCAACUGUACGGGAGCAAUCAGACCUGCCAAUCCCUCCUUAGCAAACACCAGGAACUGGUUACCAUCCAGGCUGGGAACGCUGCGGGCGAAGCGUCCUGCCCCUUCCCCUGGUUAAAUCCAGCCCCUCACGGCUGCCGAGGACCCGUAUCUGGGGUUAGCGCCUCUCAAUACUUUAGAUGCACUGUGGGACACUGCUCCACUCAGUGCCCUGCCUACCUGUGCAUUCUUGUUGCUGGAUGCCCUCUGCCCCCAGGACCUGACCUGCCUCCCUUCCGCCCUCACUAUUUCCCUGGACUUCAGGUGGGUCACUUCCCCUCGCCGCGUUCCUCUGUAGCCCCUCUCAGGAGGGAUCACAGCCCCCAAACCCCAAGUCCCUUCCCUUCCUUCAGCAAACAGCUCCUGGAAUUCUGCAGGUUUGGAGCCAGGAAGAGAUGGCUAUGCACAGACAGGCACCGGCCACUCUGUACCGUCUGAACCGAGUGCCCCUCACUCUGUCCUGUGCGACACGUCACCUGCCAGUUUAUGGGAUGGAAAACACUCUGUGAGCACCUCGUGGGUGCCAGUGGCCCCUCUGUCCUCCGUACCGCUGGCCUUUGCAUGGUCAUUCUUGAAAGCAGGGGUGGGAACCUACUCAAAAUCACUGGGUCUGGCCCUGCCAAAGACUCAAAAUUCAGUAAAUCUACAGCAGGCUCAUUUUUAAGCUGGUCAGUUUGUGUGGCCAACAAGUGCUGUUACAAAUACCCAAAUGGCUCUGGGCAGAAGAGAAAGUUCCUCAACCCUGGCUUCAAGGGUCUGGCCACAGUCAGGUGGUGGUCCCUUUAAAUAGUCACCCUGGCAUCCCGGAACUUUCUGAUGCUCCCUACUGCCACCUCUGUCUGGCUCUUUUUUGAUUCCUUUCACAUCCCCGGAAUUUCCCACCAUCCUCCACUGCAGUGGGAGCACUCUGCUGCCGUGGCAACGGCCAUUCCAGCAUCAGUCGAUAAAGCCAAUAUGUACAGGACAUUUCUCUGAGUGAUUCCUAAAAAGAGAGGGUCCUUCCCUGUCCCACUUCACCCAGAUCCAGCCAGAGCCCCUUCUGCUGGGCCGUUCUCCCCGUGGGCUGCAUUAACGUCCACUAGAGAGAGAUUCAGCUGUGACCGGUGGGGGCUAGGGCACGAGGGGAAGCUGGGCCAGGCAGUGGGCACUGGAUCCUGCCCCCAUAGGGGAGGUGGAGAAGGAGGCUGGCUUGGAAGCAGGGAGGUCCCCGGUACCCAGCUUCCCGAAGGCCGGCUCAGCACCCACCCCCUCCUCUCUGCCAAGGCACUGGCAGCUUCUGGGGUGCAGACAGGAUUAAUGAUUUGACCGCAGCUGUCGACUGAUAACUUAAAGCAAUUUGAGGGAUAAAGACAUAAGUGUACAGCCAAGAAAAAGCUUGUUGUGGGGUUUUACGUUCUCACACCCCUGGGAUGGGGCCGGAUGGAACCCAGGGUGUCUGUGGGUUGGAUUAGGAGAGCUGGGUGGGCAGUGGAAGACAGAAGAGGGUAGGAGGGAGGGCUUGGCUGCCCCUGCCCUGUUGACCUUGAAAGUGACCUUAGCAGGGGGCGUGUCGAUGGGAGGGAGUCACGGGCAAUGAGUCCACAGCUGGGUCCCUCCAGGGCUAGAGCAGGAGGCAGAGUUUUCCUGAUUUCCGUGCUCACAGCCGAGACCUGGAGAGCGAGGGCCAGGACGCCAGCCACACGGUCCGCAAGUCCUGCCUGCCCUCCCUGGCCAGGGCCGGGGCUGUCGCCUGCCCCCGAAUGCACUGCUCUUUCUUUACAUUUUCCCUGCUUGGAUCCCUGUCUCUUCCGCACCUCCCGAGCAGAGGCUCAGCAACGCCUCUGCCUCAGUGGACAGCCCUCCCCUGCUCUGCCCUUUUCUCCGCCUGGUCAUACCACCCCCACCAGCGGCUUCCCGAGCGACCAACGUGCGCUGGAGGCUGUGGAAGAGGCUGGUGCCUGAGCACAGGACCCGUCUGCACCCAAACAGCUCCUCAUGGCGCCUGCCCUGUUCAGUGAUGGUGGAUGCUGGAGGAUGCGGGCAACAGCGAAACACACCAGGAUUCUUGUCCCCGAGGGGCUUCUGUCCCUAUGGGCAGGGCAGACAUCACCCCAGGAAAAGGAUCACGGGAUAUCCGGGGGAGGGGCCCGACUUCCCAAGGAGUGACCAAAGAAGGUGCCACCAAAUAGGCAGGGUUUGUGUGGAGCUGAAGAGGGAGUGGAGAUUGGGGAGAGGGGUAGAGGGGCGAGGCGAGCAGUGGCCCUGAAGGGCAGCGUGCCCAGUGCACCCAAAGGAUGGCCAGGUCAGCAGAGGCGAGAGAAAGGAAGGGUCGCUGGCAGGGGAGGAGGUCGGGACGGCGACAGAGGCCAGUGAGUGGAGAGUCUUUUCGUCCCCUUGAGCUGGGAGUGGCGGGCAGGUUUACAACAGGGACCCAUGACCUCGCUUCCCCCUGAAGACUCACUCUGGCUGCGUGGAGAACAAAUUGCCAGCUGCAGUGACCCAGGGAGCGAUGGUGGUGGCUUAGAAGGCAGUGGCCACCGUGGUGGUGCCGAGCAGUGGUCAGACCCGGGAUAUAUUUGGGCCCAGCAGAAUCUGCUGACCCACCAGACGUGGGUGGGCGAGAACAAAAGGAAACUACCGCUCGUCACUGGCUUCGCGGAUGCUUCCCGAGGUGGGGCACUUUGUCCAAAGCCGUCCCAGCUCCGUGCACACGGUGGGCUCUCAGAAAUAUUUGGUGAAUGACGACUGAUUACAUGAAUGAAUGCGUGACUCAGAACAGAUGUGUGGGGAUUGUAAACGGCAGUGACCUGCCAAUGCCCCGUGGCGAGAGACACUGCAGCUGGCGUGGGGAAGGCAAGCCAGGCCCCUGCGAUGGGGCCCCAGUGGCAUCCGGUCUCUCUCUUCUGAGGCCCAGGCCAGCGAGAGGCCAGCCGAUCCUCUCCUUGGUCCUUCAGGGAAGUGACCCUGGCAUUCAGGGCCGAGACCCUUCCUGUCCCAAAUGUCUCCUCUGCUCGGCGCACGGGGGACAAUUUUGCUGCACCUCUGAGAGAUGGCAAGGGGUCCCACAGCCCAGGUCCCCAUUGGGAGCUGAGCGUCUGCAGAAAAAGAGACAGUGGACGCAACAGUGUAACACAGUUGCUCUGGUUAGCUCAAACCUCCAGGGCCUCAUCCAGGAAGCCCUCCUAGGUUGGUUGUCUGCCUCCUACCAGCCCAGACACCUUUGCUUUGCCAGGGUGUUGGUAGCUAAGACACGUCUGUGGGCUCUGCAGGUCCCUGGCUCACCCUCUCCAGCCCCAGAGCUCAGGGGUUGCGAAGUCUCAAGGUCAGGUGUGCGGCUCAGGAGAGAUUUGUUGUCUUCCUGUCGUUUGGGGGAAGUGAGGAUCAGCAGAAUGAAGGCUGGGAGCGGAGCCAGGCGGCGCGGGCCCUGGUCUGCUCUCCGGCCCCAGUGUCUCCAGGGAGCUCCCAGGAGGGUGGAGACACCGAGAAAUUCUGAACUACAACUCACAUGGCUCAGCCGCUGGGACACAGCUUCCCCCGAGCAUCUAUGCCUCCAGGGCAGGGACGGGCCUGCGCACCACAGGGAAGGAGACCGAGAGGCCCUGAGAAGGCACGCAAGCGGCCAGCGCCACAGCCUGGAGCCCAAGGUCCCCACAGAGAGAGGCCAGGGCUCCCCCGGCUGGGAGAGGGCGUGGAGCCCCCCUUCGGAGGGAACAGGCACUGUGCUAAGGGCGACUUGGGGGCCUGCCCCAGACCUGGGAGCAAAGGGCCGGCCCCUCUUUAGCCAUGGACCCCCAGCUGGCCCCAGGGAAGUCCAGGGCCAGUGAGGCCGCCCUGCUGCUCCUUGUCCUGCCAGGUGCACUGACCGCCAGGCAAGCAGGGAGCCCCAGAGGUCCCCAGGGCGUGGGUCUCUCCUUCCUUCACCACAGCGGGAGUCUGGGACCUCCCAGCACCGAGACCCUCGUUCCCCUUCAAGGCCGGAGCUCCCCGGUCUCCUGCAAGGGGCUGCAUCUCUGACUCAGGGUCCCGCAUGGCCUCCCAGGAGGCACAGUCCCUGCCUCCGGCAUCUGAUUGCUACGGCUGCCGGUGCCAGCUUGCAGCACCUGAGCCCUGCACCUGCCUAGUGAACUGGCCCUCUGAGGCUCCCCAGGCCUAACCCCAGCCUUACCCCCUUUACUUUGCCCUACCCUUCUCCUCAACGACUUCCUUAUAGGAAUUCAGACCCAAUUCAUUGUUUCAGGGCCACUCUUCCAGGAAGCCUUCCCUGACUACUCCCAUGCUGACCUUGACCUUUCCUUCCUGCAGAUUUUAGGCCAGGGGGCCGUAUGGUCACAUUCUGCUGGCUUGCAUGUUAGGGAGACAUCCUCUCCUGCCAGCUAAAUUGUACAAGGCCUACAUAUAAGACUCAGGGUUCACUAGUGCUUACUGAACGGAAGGCAGGGAUCAUUUAGCUACCAGGCACCUAACUGUUGCCUCAGACUCUCGUGGACACAUCCUGGUGGAAUCAGAACCCCAAUUCAGGUCUGCUGGGGACCCACAGCAUUCCAAAACUUCGUGCUGUCAGCACGCAGCUGUUUCUAAGGACUUGUUUCCUUGCACAAGAGGCGUGGCAGCCCCCACCCCAACCCCCAGCAGGAGAGUCCGGGCUCUGGUCUUGGAGGAGCACGGAGAGUGGGGAGGAGGGUCCCGCCUGUCCUGCCUGACCCACCUGCUGCCCCCGAGCUCUGAGGGGGCUCUGGCCUGCAGUCGCAUUAGAGCCGGCCACAGACUCCCCUGAGCAAGCAGGGAUGGGGGAGCUGGUGUCCACAGCACGGCCCCUUCCUGGCUCAGCCCCUCACUCUCUGUCCUGGGGUCCUGACAUCCCAGCAAACCUGGGACUCUCUGGGGCCUUAGGGUGCUGGGAGAAUGCCUGUUCCCCGCCCUGGAGCUGGUCAUGCAGAAACCAGGCAGGGUGGGGGCGGAGACUGCUCCCUCUGCUCAGGGAGGAAAAUGCCGAAUGGCGGGAGCUCCGAGAUUGGACUCAUUUAGAAUCAGAUGGAAUAAGGAGCCCAGGAUAAGAGGCCCAGAUGUUUGCCACAUGUGCUUGUCCUGGUGUUGCCACGGCAACUGCCCCAUACAUAGGGCUGGGGUGGCUGCUGCACACUGGGCCCCCAGCUGAGCUCAGCACCACCCAGGUAGGGCACCCUUCGACCAAGAACAGCCCAGCUCCGUUGUCAUGGCAACCACGGGCCUGGGCGCCGGAGCCGCAGGCAGGCUGUACCGGAGCGCAGGAUGGACACGCACACACGCACUGCCUGUGUGAGCGAGUGUCCUGGGGCACGGGCCCACCUAGGGUCAGGCCACAGCCGUCUAUGCAGGCUUGCUUGUUUCAAGGUCACAGAAUCAGAACCUCAAGUGGGACCUUAAAGGUAACCCUACUCCCCGUUCCACCUUGGGGCAGAACCGAUCAGACCGUAACAGACCCUGUGACCUCACUGUGGGCCAGGCACGGCCCCCAAGGGAGGAGAAACACAGGCGGAGGCCUCAGGUUGUCUUGCCAACGCAGUGUGGACACCGCUAACUCAGAACAGACUGGCUGAGCCUGUGCUUACAGAAGCCACCAUCGGACAUCGGCAGAUGCUGUGUGCAUGGUCACGUUCCCCAGUCUGGGGAGCCCCGGGUGACAUCCACCAGGUUCUCAAAUCCGUUCUGGACCCCAAAGAACCAGAGACAAGUGCAAAAGAAGAGAUGACUUCGCUCACUGGGGCCGGAGCCACCAGGGCCGCUGAGCCGAGAAACCUGGCCCCACCCCCCGAAAACAGACUUCCUGUCUCUGUGCUGCACCCCUUCUCCGUUGGCAUCUCGGUGCCUUGGUCCCGGAGCUCCUGCCCACCGCCCGCCUGCCUGCUGCCCCGGACUUUGUCUCAGGAAGGCCACGGCGGGCGCGGGGGUCAGCCCCUGCCUCUGGACAGCGCCUGUCUCCCCAAGGCCAGGCCUGGGGCUGCUCUCCGUCCAUGUCCACAGGGACUGUGCGUGCAUGCUAGGGAGCCCCCAACCUCGGGAUGUCCGUCACGCACACGGCAGAACACUCUCAUUGCCUCCUGCCCAGCGUGCGUGCAGGGGGUGGGUUUUCCCACUGAAGGCUCGGCUGAGCGUUUCUCUGCCCUGGGGUUGGGGGGGGACGACCAUAACUCGCUGACCCUUCCUGGAUCCUGCCUUUGACUCUGCAGCUCCCUCUGAAGCCCAGGAGCAGGCAUUCAGGAACCACGCACAGGAAGUGGGUUUUGACCCCUUCUGUCUGGGGUCUCGCAGCACUUCAUCUAGAGGGGGCUGCUGUGUCAAUGUCACCCCCAGAGCUCUGCCUGUCAAGCAGUGCUAUGGGGCGGGGAGCGCCUCUCAGCAGGGGACCCCAAUCCUCUUACUGAGGGGGUGGGACCAUGCGUCCCAGCUUCUGUCCACUCACUGGUGCCUUGGCCUUGACCGGUUCAGGAGCCGGCACUCCUUGGGAUAAAGCCCGCUUUGGCCUCCCCACGGAGACCCUCAUUAGGAGCGGGGCUCGCCAGCCUCUGCAAAGACCACCAAGCCAGGGCCUGGAGGCCACGCUGCAUGAGCCUGGAAGUACAGCAGUGGUGAAGUCCGGCAAACGGUCUACCUCCCGCGGCUGGGACCGCUCCCCGGCCCCUGGAUCACACCCUCGAUCCACCGACCCGAGGGGGGCACUUCAAGACAAGUUUCUCGUGGUGUGAAGAGAAUCUGAAAUCCACGCCCCCCUUUUCCACCAAGUCACGCCCAUGAACAUUCUGUGGAGCCCUCGUACGCGUGGCUUCCAAGUUUUCUGGUAGUGAAAUAAACUCAUCUUGCAACCCCGUGUCCCACA